UAUAAAUUAGCCACUUAUUAAUAUUUUUUUUUUUUGAAAAUUUCUAGGGUUCCCGCAAUGUCAUCGAUUGAAUUUAUAAGACCGACGACGAUAACAAUCCACUGGAAAUUCAGCACAAAUUCUUACUCUAAUCUUCUUUACCUGCAUGGAUUAAACUUCAAAACCAAUCGGUUUAGGGUUUUGCAACAAAAACCGAACCGCUUCUUCUCCAAUACCAUCACUUCCACCCUAAAGAACGCCGCCGUUGUGGGAAGCCGCGAGAAGUUAAAUCUUUACGGAAGAGGUAAAUUAAGGUUCAAAGAGAGCAAAAUUUUGGUUAAUUGUACAGAUAACAACGAUUCGAAGUCAAGUUCCGGCGAGACAAAUGAAAGCGAAGGUGGGCAGGGAGUGAGGCAGAAACAGAAUCCGACAAACUCGGGCGGUUCGACCAACCAGAGAAGAGAAAAGAGCGGAAGAACCGGGCUUUGGUGGUCCAAAGGGAAGAAAUGGCAGUGGCAACCGAUAGUUCAAGCUCAAGAAAUUGGCGUUUUGCUUUUACAGUUGGGUAUUGUCAUGUUGGUUAUGCGAUUGCUCCGCCCCGGGAUUCCUUUGCCUGGGUCCGAGCCUAGGACUCCAACGACCUUUGUCAGUGUUCCUUACAGUGAGUUUUUGAAUAAGAUUAGCGCCAAUCAAGUCCAAAAGGUGGAGGUUGAUGGGGUUCAUAUAAUGUUCAAAUUGAAGAAUGAAGUGAGUGUUCAAGAGAGUGAUAUUGGUAAGUCCCAAGAGUCGGAGUCUUUGUUGAGGAGUGUGGCGCCUACGAGGAGAAUUGUAUAUACAACAACUCGGCCCAGUGAUAUUAAAACUCCAUAUGAGAAGAUGCUGGAAAAUGAUGUGGAGUUUGGUUCUCCUGAUAAGCGGUCUGGCGGCGUCUUGAACUCUGCAUGGAUAGCUUUGUUCUAUGUUGCUGUUCUUGCUGGACUUCUACAUCGAUUCCCUGUGAAUUUUUCUCAGCGUACAGCUGGUCAAAUUAGGAAUCACAAGUAUAGAGGUUCUGGCGGUUCAAAAGUUUCUGAACAAGGUGAAACAAUAACUUUUGCUGAUGUGGCUGGUAUUGAUGAGGCCAAGGAGGAGCUUGAAGAAAUUGUGGAAUUUCUUAGGAAUCCAGACAGGUAUAUACGGCUUGGUGCUCGCCCUCCCCGAGGAGUUUUGCUGGUGGGUCUUCCUGGGACAGGUAAGACUCUUCUAGCAAAAGCUGUGGCUGGUGAAGCAGAAGUUCCAUUCAUAAGUUGUUCUGCAAGUGAGUUUGUAGAGUUGUAUGUUGGUAUGGGUGCAUCUCGAGUUAGAGAUCUCUUUGCACGAGCUAAGAAGGAGGCACCAUCAAUAAUAUUUAUUGACGAGAUAGAUGCUGUGGCUAAAAGUCGCGAUGGUAAAUUUCGCAUUGUUAGCAAUGAUGAACGGGAACAAACUUUGAACCAAUUACUUACUGAGAUGGAUGGAUUUGACAGCAAUUCCGCUGUGAUUGUUCUUGGAGCUACCAACCGUUCUGAUGUCUUGGAUCCUGCCCUUCGUCGACCAGGGAGAUUUGAUCGUGUUGUUAUGGUUGAGGCUCCUGACAGGGUUGGAAGAGAAGCUAUUAUAAAAGUGCAUAUUUCUAAGAAGGAACUUCCCCUUGGAGAGGAUGUUGAUCUUGGUGACAUUGCCUCUAUGACUACUGGUUUUACUGGGGCUGACCUUGCAAAUCUGGUAAAUGAAGCAGCCUUGCUCGCCGGAAGAAAUAAUAAAGUUGUUGUAGAGAGAAUUGAUUUCAUUCAGGCAGUAGAACGAUCAAUAGCUGGCAUAGAGAAGAAAACUGCCAAAUUGAAGGGAAGUGAGAAGGCUGUGGUUGCAAGGCAUGAAGCUGGCCAUGCAGUAGUAGGUACAGCUGUUGCCAACCUUCUUGGUGGACAGCCACGUGUUGAGAAACUGAGUAUACUGCCAAGAUCUGGAGGAGCAUUGGGUUAUACUUAUAUUCCUCCUACCGAUGAGGAUAGAUAUUUACUCUUCAUUGACGAGUUACGUGGUCGUUUGGUUACACUUCUUGGUGGACGCGCUGCAGAGGAAGUUGUCUAUUCAGGUCGUGUUUCAACCGGUGCACUUGAUGAUAUUAGGCGGGCAACUGACAUUGCAUAUAAGGCAGUAGCUGAAUAUGGUCUUAAUCAGACUAUAGGCCCUCUCUCUUUAGCUACACUAUCUGGUGGAGGCAUGGAUGAAUCUGGGGGUGCAGUUCCUUGGGGAAGAGAUCAGGGACAAUUAGUUGAUCUUGUCCAAAGAGAGGUGAAAGCAUUAUUACAGUCUGCCCAUGAAGUAGCCCUUUCUGUUGUACGUGCUAAUCCAACCGUUUUGGAAGGGCUUGGUGCCCACCUGGAAGAAAAUGAGAAAGUAGAAGGUGAAGAACUACAAGAAUGGUUGAAUUUGGUUGUUGCACCAAAGGAACUAGUCAACUUUGUUGAAGGCAAGCAAGAGUCUCUCCUGCCGGUUCAAGCGGUCUCUGGAUAAGUGGUUUUUCACUCAUCGCUCAACAUUGAGCAUUUGCAUCGAGUCAACUAUAGUUUUCUUCACCAUCUUGACAGGCUGACCUUGUUGAUGAGCAUGCCGUGGCUACUACCGGCAUCAAAGCUCCCUUGUACAUUUUUGCAUAUUUCAGCAAGGUGAGUCUUGGCUUUAUUUUUAACACUACCAAGUAUUUUCAUUGCUUUAUUCUCACUACACUUACCAGAGGAAACAUAGAGAAGUGGUGGAGGUGGAGGUGAAGAUUUAUUUCGUUAAAAGCCUUCAAACUUGUCUCACUGUUCUUGACUUUAUGUCGACAAGUUUGGGUUGGUCUCCAACACCUGUUCUGUUGUACAUUGACUGUUAUUUCCGUUAAAAAAAGUCCAAAACUGGUGGAAUUUAUAACAGUAAUUAAGUUGUACACAAUUAUUCUGGGAAAUAUAUAUAGGUUAUUGCACAUAAACAUGUUGGGUUAAAAAUUGCUCGUCUUCAGAAGAACAAUGUUCUUUAAUCUGC